CCUUGUCCUCCCAGCACCCGCCCCGUGGCUCUUCGCCACCGAAGCAAUUUCUCUUGCCUGUGCUUUCAGUGUCCCUGGAGGGGGUUUGUGUGAUGGACAGCUGCGGGUGCUGACACCCUUGGCGACCCGAGCGCCAGGCAAAGCAUUGCGCCGAGACUUUAAAGGGAGGGCGGCUGGGACCACGCGCGCGCGGGGGCAGAGCAGCCCGAAUCGGAGCCAGCCUGAGCCCAGCGGGGUAGGGCUUUGGGAGAAGGAACUGCCUCUCUGGGGAAUCUUUGAGGUGACUUUUUAUUAUUAUUUUCCUCCUCCUCGCCUUCCCUUUGCACUUCAUCUACCUACAUUCCAGUUUUUCCUGGAGAUGAAAAAGCGGGACAUUCUCUGAGUCUUUGCCUUUUGGACCGAGCCGGUCGCAUUUCUCUGUUCAUUUUUUUCUUUUUUCUUUUUCUUCUUUUUUCUUUUUCUUUUUUUUUUUUUCUCUUACUCCCGACCCGCACAGAAGGCAGGCUCGGACUAACACAACAUCAGGACUGAAAAAGGGACAGCUUGCUCCCUCUGGGCCGCAACCGGCUCCUGGCGCCCCUCAAUGAGAGGGGGCCGUGCCCCGGGGCUCCGGCUCAGCAACCACAGGAGGCCGAAGCAGAGCGCGGCGCUCAUUGCAGUCGCAAACUUUUGCACCUGCGCCCCGCGCGUCUCCCCAGCAUGUAAAGCCCUUUCGGCAGCCCCAGCUGUCGCCAGCUUCGCCGCCGCCUCCCGGGGACACGCGGCCACCCCCAGGUUGGGCUCUGGGCGGCCGGAGCAGGGAUGAUGAUCUGGGACUGGAUGCUUCGACCUCGCUGCUGCUGGCCCUCGCUGCUGCUGCACUGUGCGCUGCACCCGCUCUGGGGUUUCAUUCAGAUCACUCACGGUGAGCUCCAGAAGUCAUGUUCUAAGACCAUCACAGAAAAAGGUACUGAUAGCUGCCAGGAGAUUUGUCAGUGUAGACGGCCUCCUCCACUACCACCUCCUCCACCACCUCCUCCACCUCCCAGGCUGCUCUCCCUCACACCUCCUAACUCUACCUCGUGUCCUGCUGAAGAACCCUGGUGGUCAGGCUUGGUCAUUAUCAUUGCAGUAUGCUGUGCCACACUCGUGUUUCUGGUUGUCAUUGUCAUCAUUUGUUACAAAGCUAUAAAGAGGAAACCACUAAGAAAAGAAGAGAAUGGAACAAGUGGAACCGAAUAUGCAAUGACCUCCUCUCAAAACAACAAAACAGUGGAUGUAAAUAAUGCGGUUGUGUAAUCCCUGCUGACUCCCAGACAGCCUGACUGGAGUGAGAUCUCCUCAAAGCACAUAGGGAUACAGGAAAAAGGGAGGGAGCAAAGACACAGCAGGUGACUGCUUGGUGGGCCUAGGAUUUAAUUUCCCAAUUCUUGCACACCUCAAGCAUUCAAAGAGAGCAACCUGACUGCUUUUCAAGACUUUGCUGAAGGUCUAAUGAAAAGGAAUUUGCCUGCCAGCCAGAGGCAGCUCAGAGAGGAGAAUAUAUAGUUAGAAAAGGACCCUAGAGAUCACACCUCAUUUUACUGAGGAGGAAAUUGAAGGCAAGGGAGUUAAGUGAUUCAUCCAAAGUCACACAUCUUAGAAGGAGGGGCAAUGUUGGAAUUGCAACCCAGAUUCUCUUGCUCCUAAUACAGUGAUCUUCCUCCUAUGCCCAGAAUGAGGCAUGAUGACCACAUGUAAUGUCUGUCAAGGGGACAAACAUCAGCAUGCCUCAAGCUUCUCUCUUGUCAGGCUUGCCGUUCUCAUUUUUGUUUGAUCUUCAGUUAGCAAGAGCUACUGACAAAAGAGGACUUGCUGGCCUUGGGAAUUUAGAAUGGGCAUUCUAUCCUACUUGCUGGUUACAUUCCUCUGGCAAGGCAAUAGCACCCUCCACUUCUUUAUCCUUUAGAGGGAAGGCAUCUAUGAGUGUAUACUAUCUGCCCCCAACCUGCAUGCCCUCACAAGCAAGGCUGGGAAAUAUUAUCAGCAGUCUGGUGACUAUGCAAUUUCCAGUGACCCAAGGUCCUUCGAUCGCAACAGGCCUCCUUCAAGUGUUGGUAUGACUGUGAGAAUUUUCAUUUUUUAAAAAGGUGCUUUCAAUACAUUCCUCCUCAAGAGCCUCCAUGCUUUGCUUUGGGUUUCUGUCUUACCUUCUUUUUUCUUCACCCCAGCACAAUAAUUGAGUUCCUUGUUCUUCUGCAGCUCUCUAAGUUUGUACUCUAAGGACCCACUGCACAGCUAGUUCUUCAUGAAACUGCCUGAUGAAGGAGAAAAAAAAAAGAACAAGAAACUUGUUUACAUUAGUAUGGA